AUGGCCGAUAAUAAGAGGACCGCUGAAGAAUUCCUAACCGAUGUUGAAAUUGUUGAAGAUGUCCGCGAUUCACUCUUCAUCCGACCGGUGCGAAUGAAAUUCAGGCGCGGCGGUCGGCCCAUCAUAUGGGAUUUGAUUCUACGUCACAACAGUGUUGCUUGCAUACUUUAUCAUCGGCAAAAGCAGCUGUUGCUAUUCGUCAAACAGUUCCGGCCAGCUGUUUAUGUAGCAAAAAUUCGACAGCUAGAGGAGAAUAAAACGAAGAAAAUGAACGAAAUCGAUUGGUCCAAAUAUCCAGUUAGCAUGGGGGAAACAAUCGAACUCUGUGCUGGUAUAAUUGAUAAACCGCAAGUUAGCAGCCGACAGCACAUGCAAGAAGAAAUCAUCGAGGAGUGCGGCUACAGUGUGAAAGAAAGCGAUCUGCAGACAGGUAUCGGCUCAUCUGGAGCAUCACAGGAAAUAUUUUACGCUGAAAUAGACGAAACAAUGAAAGUUAGUGAGGGAGGCGGAGUAGAUGCCGAAAAGAUCGACAAGAUAUGGUUCUGA